GCUCAGUCAGAGUCCACAGUCCUAACUCGGCCUCAGGCUAAGAUAGAUUGUAUCUUUCGUCGGGGUACGAUCUCCUGUCGCGAAAAUUCGUGUCUCGCGCGCACGACGUCAGGUCUCACGUCGGCCCUGACCGACCACCUCGAACCGCGGACCGAUAUCGAACGGGCCAUUCGAGGGCCGACGAAACCGACCGACCCGGCACACCGACUCCUUUCGUCCCGUGUCGCGUCGAUGAACGUUCCACCGUGACGGUUUCCCUCGUCUCGUUUCAAGUGUCGGUGAACUUCAAGGAUACGCUCCUGCUACCCAGGAUACAAUACCAACUGGAAGGAACGCAGGAGAUGCUCCCGAAAGCACGGCGCUGCUGAAGCCACGUCUGGUCAAACAAGUCGUAAAUCAGAUCAAAAGAUGCAGACAGCGCAGUUUCUGCCAUCGUUGCUCCUGAUCGUCCUGAGCUGCUCAGGAUUAGCUAACGGGCUCUGCCACCUGGAGAACGGUACCGUAGCUCGUUGCCAAGAGUUGAACGAUGUCAAGUCCAUCGAUAUCCAAGUCGAUCUCCUCGACACAUUGGAGGCCCGCGUGUUGGAGUCCGUUCUCCGACCAGGUCUGCUCGAGAACCUGACCAGCCUUCGACACCUGGACCUCUCUGGAGGAAGCCUGAAACGAAUAGAGCCUGGAAGCUUCCAACAUCUGGACAACCUCAGAAGCUUGAGUCUCGCCGAGAAUCGCAUCGGACGCUUGGAAUUCAACUCCACGGACGGCCUGAAACACUUGCACAGUCUGAACCUGCGGAAGAAUAAUUUUCAUCAGCUACCCUCCGGCUUGGACCAAUUAAAAGCUCUCAAGCACUUGGAUAUUCACGGGAACCCCCUGCAAUGUAACUGCGCGACCCUUCGCGCGAGGGACUCGCUCAUCGAUAGAGGCGUGAAAAUCUCAAAGAAGAUUCUGUGCUUUGGUCCGAGCACCAUGAAAGGGACAUCUCUAUUCAAACCAAACGCCACGGUCAUCUGCAACUUCGAGGAGCAGGAUCACGAGAUGAUGAGGGACCAGAGUUACGAUGAACCUGCGGAUGUUGGGUCCGGAGACGGUUCGGAUAAGCCGGACGAGGAGGAAGAAGAAGAUGGCUGGCAUUCUUUCAAGUCCAUGUCGGAGUCCAGCGAAGCUCCGGAAGAGCCUCCAGCCGAGACACCGUUCCCUGAACCCGACGAACCCUCGACCUCUACCUCAACCACCACUGAAUCCACGUCCUUAGCAUCGAUCACCAGUGAAGCCUCGCAGGAGGUCACGAUCUGUUCGCCCCAGGACUCGACUUGCCUAGAAAAGCCAAGCGAAAAGGACGAGGAUAUCGUAUUCGACACCGACGAGAAGACGCCAUCGAGGACGAAGUCGUUCACGGACGCUCUGUUCCAGCCAGACGAGGGUUCUGGGGACGAGGACGAAGCCUCUGGCGAGGGUUCUGGGACAGGCGCGAUCUCCACUGAUUGGAAGAAGACCGAUGCAGACGACGGGAACACUGAGAAGGAAGAAGAAGAAGAAGAAGAGGGGACAUUCUUCGGCAUGCUGCAGACGCUGCGAAACGUCUUCUGGAGCACCACGGAGGCCAUAGAGACCAAGAAGGACCUGGACCUCGCGGAGGAGCAGUUUAUCGACGCGUCGGCGACCAAAGAGGCCGAUGAGAAGAUUAUAGUCCCAACAAAGAUUGGUUUGGACGAAGCGAUUCCAGAAAGCAGCACCGAGAAAGUUGACCCUGGUGUCGACCUUAUGACCGGCGAGCUGGACGACAUGUCCAAGUCGGGAGACGUCAAGGUGAAAGACGAGGACUUGAACGAAGAAAUGGCCGAAGUAUCGCCUGCCAAACAAUCGAAGAAAGGAAUGGGAUCCUACGUUGUCCUGGCUGCUCUGCUAGGUAUCUUAGCUACCCUCAUAGUGUUCGCAGCCUAUAAAGGCGACUUUUGCAAGAAGAAGAGGAAACGCGGGGACGUGGAGAACGGUACCGAGAUGAAGGACAUGCAGAAAGCGCUUCUGGACACGGGGAAUGCCCCGCAACCGAAGAUAGCUUCCAAUGGAACCGUCGAAAGUUUCCCUCUGGUCGAGGACGCGAUCGAUCACGAGAGUCGGGCGAGACCCAACAACCUGAACGUGGCGCCCAAGUCCCUGAACGGCAGCACGGACUGCAUAGACCCGGUGAAACCACCCAGGAAGAUCAACGACAUAUCUGGACUGGAUGUGGAGUUGUUGCAAACCGAAUCCGCUAGAGGUAGUCCCGAGGACCAACCAGUUGACCAGAGUGCUCAGUCUUCGGCGGGAAACGGACCGCCGUUGAGUCCAGGUGCUCAGAGAGUGAAGAUCACCAUGCAGGAGAAUCCAGACAGCGUGCCCAAAACGCCCAUACUCAUCACGAGAACGAUGGCUGGCGAGAAUCUAGUCAAGACGCCAUGAAGAAGUUGAUUUGUUCGGAUGGUUGGACGAAAGACAACGAUAUUAUUUGGAUUCACCCGUGAGCAACGGGGUAAAGUAACCUGAGCGACAUAAAUGAGAUAUCAGCAUGAUGUGUAUAUGAGUGUGUGUGUGUUUCGAUUGGACGGAUCGUAGUGUCGCCAGUGUUCCUCGGAUCAAUUAUAAAUGACCAAGUGAGACGUAGAUUUAACCUCGAGUUUGUAUUUUGAACACGAAAUAGAACUGCCUUUAGUGGAAUGAUGAACGAGAGUUCGCUCAUGUUAGUUGAGAACAUUAAGGAGAGGAGAGGAGAGCGAUUCCGUGAAACGAGAUUGUUUGUACAUAUUUCCAGAUUUAUAUUGUAAUAUGUUACAUAAUAUAUUAAAUACUACGCGUAUAUACAGGACGUUGGACAGCAGGUGUCUGAAACUUCGAGGGUUGAAUCCUCGUGUUGAAAUGGAAAGAAAAUGAAGAGGUCAAAAUUUCACCUGUACCUGUUGUCGAACACUCUGUAUAUACAGGGUGUGCUAAAGUUGAUGACCAAACUUUAGGUAAAAACAUAUAUGGUAUUCGUUAAUGGAAGCAAGAAAGUGUUAGUACAGUCUUUGAGUCCCAAGGACGAAUUUUAUUUUAUCUCAGUGGAUAGAUCUAAUAUUUAUUUUAUUUAAAUACGUAGAUACCAAAUUUCAAAAUUAAAUUAAAAAUUUUUAAUUAAAUUCCACGUUUACUAACGCUUUUUUAGUGAUUUUUACGAGUAUCAUAUUGCACCCAAAAUUUGGACCAUCAAUUUCCAGCUCAGCCUGUAUAAACUUCCGUUAUUUGUACAAGAUUUAUGGAUGAAAAAUAUUUGAUACAUUUUAUAUAUGUGUAUACAAUAUUAGCACACUAGUCAGUUUCCUUAAGGAUCUUCCUUCUCGUGCAGGCUUGAAUGACAUUCAAGUGCGUCAUGUUCCAUUAGAAUCCUCUGAACACGAAAUGCAUCGUUAAUUAAUAUAAUUUGAAUACAAGUUUAACAAUGCUGUAAUGAUAGAAGCACGCGUAAUUAACGUUACGUUCGGUUGUCUUUAAUGUUUCAGUGUUGACAGAUCGUUAGAAUUUUAAAUGCCGUGCAGCUCUGAUAAAUAAAUGAACGUUUAAUUAUCUCGCGCUGCAUAAACGAGCGAAUAUUUGCCUUGACUAAUGAGUCGGAGUUACGGCCACUAUUUUCUCUAUCGAUUUCUGAAACGGAGACGUUGUCUUUUUCAUCAAUUUUAUUUCGAUCAGAAAACAUACCAAGAAAUAGAAAUAUACGACGAAUAACGAUUUUAUUCGUGAAUAACAAAUAACGAUUUCGCCGAGAUCGUCUACAUUAAUCUGUAACGUUAUUCGAAUAAGAACUUUCGCGAAUAACGGCCAACUCUGUGGCGAAGGCAAAAAGGAAAAAAGGAAUUUGACUUUUGUUAGCGGAGCCCAUCACUUAGUAACUAGAUGAAAAGUUAAUUUAUACAAAGUUUCUACCGUAUGAAUUCACAAUGAGCAUUCCAAAAUCAAUCGUAUCAUCCUACUUCCCAUUGCGCUGCGAACCUUUCGUGAAGGUGACGUAAUCACUAAUUGCAUUCGUAACAAAUUAAAUAAAUAAAAAUUCUGGCAAUUAGAGUAUCAAGGAUUUAAGUUUGUCAAAUAUAAAAUUGGCAAUAUUUGAGUCCAUAGUGAUCGUGUGUAAAAAUACCUGUACAAAAAAUGUAUAGCAACAGAUAUUCUUAAAUAACGAAUAAUGUGCUUAUCGAAAUAUAUAUUAACAAUUUUGACGUCGUUUAUUGUUGAAGGAUUUGUUGCUAAACAGUCAACGAAAUUAUUCGUUAUUUAUUGGUUAUUCACGCGAGAAACGUAAAAGUUUUUGCGAUAAGUAUGCUAAAUCAGAACAGAUUCUUUAUAAGAAAAACCUUCUAAAAAAGACGUGCACGUUUUUGUGCACCGAUUAUUACAUAAUAGAUUGUUCAUUAAAGGCGCAGAAACUUUGUACGAUCAUUUCGUUUAAUCAGCAUUGAAAAAAAGUUAUCCGUACCGAUAUCGCGAUUAUCAUUGGAACGUUCGAGGGGGCGAUUAUUAAUCUUUUAUGAUACCGUCGACACGUCAUCUUUAUUGCCGUCAUUUAAUUUGUUCCCUAGAUAAAUUGAUCGUGCAACAUUUACAGAGCAAACACUGCUACGAAUAAAUACUAUCGCGGAGGCGCAGUCAACGUAAUCGUACGAAUAAUAUUUUUCAAGUGUUUAUAAUUUCAACCUUGAAUGCGAAAUAAAAUAUUAAUAUUUACCCGA